AUGCCUCCUAAGAAGUGGGACGAUGAGGAGAGCGACGAUAGCUCUUCCUCCAGCUCUCCGGCUGCCGCUGCCGCUGCCGCUGCCGUUGCUGCUCGCCGCAAGUUUGACGAUGAGGAAGACGAUAGCGAUGCAAGUCUCGACAUGAUGCCCCGCGCUCUCUGGCGCCUUGCAAGACUAACCCGACCCUCUUCGCCAGAGCGCGAGAAGGAGCGCAAGGCCGCCGAGGCCAAGGCCAAGGCUGCUGAAGCUGCCGCCGCCGCCAAGAAGCCCAAGGGCCAGCGUAUUGCUGAGCACCAGGCCGACCGAGCCAAGCAGAAGGCCAACGCCGCCAGCGUUCAAGUGGUCGAGGAGACCGAGGCCGAGAAGCGUGAGCGACUCCGACGUACCGAGCAGGAGGCCGAUCUUGCCCACGCCGCCGACAUGUUUGGAGAUAUCGGAAUCAGCGCUGGCCGGGCCAAGACCCGAACUGCUGCCGUCAUCGUCGACUCCGCCGAUCCUACCAACACUGUCGACAUUUCCAAGCUGCCCCUUUUCCAGCCCCAGACCAAGGCUCAGUUCGAAAACCUCCGCACAGUUCUCGGCCCCAUCCUUUCGGCCAACGCAAAGAACCCCCAGUACAGCCUCUUCCUCCAGGACUUCACCAAGGCCCUCGCCAAGGAGAUGCCCAGCGAGCAGAUCAAGAAGCUGGCUAGUACUAUCACCGCCCUGGGCAAUGAGAAGAUGAGGGAGGAGAAGGCUGCCGACAAGGGCGGCAAGAAGACCAAGGCUGCCAAGACCAAGACGUCGCUGGUUACUGGCCGUGCUAACGCUGCGGACACUAGCCACUACGAUGAUGAUGGUGGUGACUUUGGAGAUGAUGACUUCAUGUGAAGCGGUUCUUGACGCAAUAAUAAGGGGAGCUCCCAUCUCGCGCCCAGGCCGUGGCUCCAACUCCGGGCUGCGCAUUCCUGGCCCUGCCCAGCGAGCCUGUCUCUACGCUUGCCGUGGUGUAGUUUCGGUGUGCCGUUGGAGCCUACGUCUGUCUACAUGCCGGCGUUUCAUGGCUUCGCCUCGAAUCCGUUCCGGGUGCUCGGAUAGGACAGGGGCAGCAGGGUGAGGGUGGCGCAAGGGGAGGGUAGUAAAAGGCGGUCGUUUAAUGGACGGACGCGAGGGCGUCGGGGUAUUUUGGAAUGAAAGCGAACACGCUCAGAGACUGGCACUUGUCCUCAUAGUAGACGAGUCGGUUACAUAUACUCCAUUAGAUGGGAGAUGUGUGUACGGCGACUCAAGUCCGCCCUGGUCUAGAAAAAGUUUAAAGACAAGAGCUAGAGGAGUUGUGCAUUACAUUACACCUGAACAUCUUGAACUUGAUAUAGAACUCGUACAUUAACAUGUCUGUUCGU